CGGACUACAGUCUGGGACAUAGUGUAUUGUCCGUGUCAAAAAUGCGAAACAAAUACUGGUGAUUUGGAAGCUAGAUGAGUUACCGCAGCACUUCAGCGCCGGCAGCCGAGGAGAGAGCCGCUGCCGCAGCUCCGAGACGGACAGUGAACGGAAACGGUGUGGCAGCCAGGGGGAGCGUACGGUAAAGCGGCUCAUGCUGGCUGCCCGGUGAAGGGAGAAGAGCGGCCACGGUUCUCUGGCACCCGCUGGCUGUAGAUCGCCCUAAAAACGGAGUACCUGACCGCGCCAGGCAGCCAGCAUGUUCCAGCUGCCUGUGAACAACCUCAGCAGCUUGCGCAAAGCCAGGAGAAACGUCAAGAAGGUACUGGGGGACAUUGGCUUGGAGUACUGCAAGGACCACAUCGAGGAUUUCAAAGAGUUUGGCCCAAAUGAGUUCUAUGUGAAGAACACAAGCUGGGAUGAUGUAUGUAUGUGGGAUCCAUCAUCAACAAAACCACAGGAGUACCGCUCCAAGCCCUUCUGCUGCACUGGCUGCUCCUUCUCCUCCAAAUUCUUCUCGGCGUACCACAGCCACUUCCGCAAUGUCCACAGCCAGGACUUCGAGAGCCGCAUUCUGCUCAACUGCCCCUACUGCACAUACAACGGCAACAAGGAAACCCUGGAGACGCACAUGAAGCUGUUCCACGUGUCCAAUAAUGUUUCGCGGCCGGGCAUGGCCCGGCAGGGCGUGGCCAGCAGCCUGAAGGACGGCGGCCGCAAGCUCCGCCCUUCGGAGGGGGCAGAACAAGCAGUGUACUACUGCAGGAAGUGCACGUACCGAGACCCGCUGUACAACGUCGUGCGCAAGCACAUCUACAGGGAGCACUUCCAGCACGUGGCCACGCCCUACAUCGCCAAGGCGUCGGAGAAGUACGUGAAUGGCGCGGUGCCAGCGGGCUCCGCCCGGGGCGACGCUGUGCACUGCAAGCGCUGCCUGUUCAUCCCGCGCACGUUGGAGGCACUCGUGCAGCACGUCAUCGAGGACCACGAGCGCAUCGGCUACCAGGUCACUGCCAUGAUCGGCCACACCAACGUGGCGGUGCCCAGAGCCACGCCCCUCACGCUGCUCUCCAUGAAGGCUCAGGAGAAGGGCGUUGCGGGGACGACGCAGAGGGGCAUGGCACUCUCCAAUGCCGUCCGUGUGCUGACCCCGCAGCAGCUGAGCCGACUGGCCCCCGUGAGGGCAGGGCUCGUGUCCCCCGCCUCCCUGAAGCAGGGCCCGCUCGCUCUGAAGGGCGGGGUCAUGCAGGCGGGCACCCCAAAGGUGCGCAUCACGUUACCUGGCAACACGCAGGUGUCUAUCCCAAUCCAGUCCCACGCUGCCAAACAGCAGUCGCCGGCGGGCGCAGCACACGUUGCCGGUGUUGGGGGAGCGGCAGUGCGGCUCGGCCUGCAGACGAGGGUAUCUUCCUCUUCUACUUCCUCUUCCUCACUACCCUCCAGGGUUCAGACUUCUAUGGUUGCUAAGAAGCCGGGGGCCACCAUCCCCAGCACCUCCUACACGCAGAAGUGGAAGAUCUGCACCAUCUGCAACGAGCUCUUCCCCGAGAAUGUGUACAGCGCGCACUUCGAGAAGGAGCACAAGGCUGAGAAGGUGCGGGCUGUGGCCAGCUACAUCAUGAAGAUCCACAACUUCACCAGCAAGUGUCUGUACUGCAACCGGUACCUGCCCAGUGACACACUGCUCAACCACAUGCUGAUCCACGGCCUGUCCUGCCCCCACUGCCACGCCACCUUCAACGAUGUAGAGAAGAUGGUGGCGCACACGCGGCUGCUCCACCCGGACGAGACGGCCAGCCCGCGCAAUGACACCCCGCUGACCUUCGAUCUCACGCUGCAGCACAGCAACCCCAAGAACGUCCAGCUGAUCGUCACCACCUACAACAUGCGCGACGCGCCUGAGGAGUCAGCUGCGUUCCACGCUCAGAACAGCUCACCCCUGGGCAGGAGGGUGCUCCCUAAGGUGCCGGAUGGCCAGGAUGAGGGCCCGGCGAAAACCCCCCUGCGGGCCGCCGUGCCCUACAAACGGGACGUGGGCAAGACGCUGUGCCCGCUGUGCUUCUCCAUCCUGAAGGGGCCCAUCUCGGACGCGCUGGCGCAGCACCUGCGCGAGAGGCACCAGGUCAUCCAGACCGUGCAUCCCGUGGAGAAGAAGCUGACCUACAAGUGCAUCCACUGCCUGGGCGUGUACACCAGCAACAUGACGGCCUCCACCAUCACGCUGCACCUGGUGCACUGCCGCGGCGUCGGCAAGGCCCAGAAUGGCCAGGACCGCUCGGCCGUGCCGCUCAAACGCGAGCGUGAGCCCUCAGACGCGGGCGCGCCUAAACGGCGCCGCCUGGAGCAGGAGCAGGAAACGGGGGAGCCUGUCACACUGGCGCUGGACCCCAAGGGACACGGGGACGAGUCGUACGAGUCGCGCAAGGCCUUCCUGACCGACUACUUCAACAGGCAGCCGUACCCAACGCUGCGCGAGGUGGAGAAGCUGGCCUCCAGCCUGUGGCUCUGGAAGUCCGACAUCUCCAGCCACUUUGCCAACCGCCGGCGCACCUGCAUGCAGGACUGCAAGACCCGGAGACCUGCUGUGCUGUUCGGCUUCAACAUGCGCCUGCUCAGCCGCCUCAAGCACUGCAUGAACUUUGAGCCCGAGUGGUUUUUCCAGGACAGAGAUGAGGAUGAGAGCCGGACUUCCAGGACCUCUGUGGGGAGAUCGGCGGACUCCAUCAGCCGGCGACUGGAGGAGAGCACUGCCACCCAGCCCCAGCAGGGGGAACCAAACCAAAACAACACGAUGAAAGAAACCUUGGCAAAGCAUUCUGGGAAUGAUACAGAAUCCAUUGUGGUAGACACAGUGAGCAGGUCAGAGCUCAGGGGGAGUUCUGAAGACAGCAGGACUUGCGUAACAGAGCUGAAGGUGCUUGGAAAAGGAGGAGGAGAAGUUGGAGGAGGAGAUACAGGAGGGGGGGACGGGAAGCAGAUGGAGGAGGGCAGCCUGGGGGAGGCCCGCAGGAAUGUGGCUGAAGCUGUGGAGGGAAAUGAGGGGGUAGAAGAGCAGGGUUGUCCAGAGUCGUCCUGGCUAAAAGAGGCAUCCUGUGGAGAGAAUGGUUACGGGCAGGGCAGCUUGUCACCCUCAGCGAGUUUGCAGGGUCAGAGUGGGUCACAUUCAGAUGUACAGGAGCUAUCAGGCGAUAGGUGAGACACUACCACAGACAUUCUUAUAGACACAGUUACACAGUACCUGAAACUCAGGCACAGCUCUCGGUCCCCAGAACUGAUGACAGAACUGUCCGGCUUGGAAAGGCAAGGCCAAUCUCUCAUAGUGACAAAUGGGCCACCUCUAGAAAGACAGAAAAUUACAUUUGUGUCAAAGGACAAUUAAGCUAUACUACAAUGUCCUGCUGUGACAGGAUAGCAACACAAAGGUCAAAAGAAAAAAUGUAGCUUGUCUAGUGGACAAGGAUCACCAUUUUGAGGAUGCAAUCUUGGUACAAUAUGUUGUGCCUUCUUAAAAAUUGGUAUAUUCAGAUACUUUCUCAAAGAAUUUGUCACCAGAUUGUGACAAAGCUACUGGUUACCUACAGGUCAUUAUGUUUUCAAGAAAAACGUAAGUCCCUCAUUUCAUUUCAUAUAGUCAUACAUAAUGGUGUAUAUUUGUACAGUCUUUUAAACAUAUUUGAAGACUUGUUACUUUAGGUGCUGUAUUC